AUGUCGCAUUUUCCCACUUUACAUAUUUUGAUCCUUGUGAUAGCCAAUCUACAAAUUCAAUGCUUCGCUUUUGUUUCGCAGAGUCGUGGCUUCUGUGCGACCGGCCCGCCCACUGAAUCCCUGAAGGCAGAGUACAGGAGAUUGAGCGCACUAGGUUCUCAGAGUUAUAACCCUGUUGAUUCUGAAAGUCGGGCGGCAAUAACCCCGAUUGUGAUAGAUACGUGGUUCCACAUCAUUACUGGUGAAGCGGGAACUGAAUUGAUCUCAGAUGAGAUGAUUGCUGAUCAGCUUUCUUACCUUCAAAACGCGUACUGGAAUGCCACAAUAUCCUACCGCUUACAAGGCGUGACUCGCUCGGCAAAUGAUACGUGGGCUCGCAAUGAGGACGAAAUGGCAAUGAAGACUGUCCUUCGCAGAGGGAGUUACCGUACGCUCAACGUUUAUUUUCACACAGAUCUCCAGGCGUCGCCCAAUGCGGGUGCCAGGGCUUUUGACAUCGUCCGCCGCGAACUGGGUGUCUCGCAACAACAACCCACCAGCAUGCUUGGUUUUUGCACAUUGCCUGACCCGAGCAUAAACGCUAGCAGCCCUCCAUCUACCUAUAUCAAGGACGGCUGUAAUGUACUUGCGGAGACCAUGCCGGGUGGUUCUCUCGCACAUUACAACAGAGGUGGUACGGCAAUUCAUGAAAUAGGUCACUGGAAUGGUCUACUGCACACCUUCGAAGGAGAGUCAUGCUCAUCCGAUAACGAGGGUGAUUUUAUCGCAGAUACGCCGCAGCAAUCCAAGCCCACAGAAGGGUGUCCUGCCCAAAAAGAUUCAUGCCCGGAGCUCCCAGGGUUUGAUGCUAUUCAUAAUUUUAUGGACUAUUCAUCUGAUGAGUGUUACGAUUCUUUUACUCCAGAUCAGGUCAGUAGGAUGCGAAGCAUGUGGUUUGCGAUGAGGGAUGGGAAGUGA